GAAUGAAUCUAUCUUAAACGAGCGGCCAUGGUAGAUGCUUCUGCCACUUCAGCUAAUCGAAAUAAAUUUAAAACUUUUUAAUGUAUUUUUUUGCAAAGUACAUAUUCACAAAAUAUUUUGAUUCAUGGCAGAAAAACAUUCAAUUUUAAACACAGUUAAUCACCCUUCACUUGGUGGUAUGCAGUAUGUAAAUCCCGAUCGCUUUUAAAAUUAUUAUUUCUAACUAAAAAUAAAUUGAUAAUCCGUUGUGCUGUAAAGGGGAAUCAAAUCAAUCAAAAUCAGCUUUUUAAAUUGAAAGAGUUGCUUCACUUUAUUCGAAAAAUCUUAAAAAAACAAUAUUCAUUAUCCAUUGUAUUAAAUGAGUACGAUUAAAACUAUAAAUAACAUUUCUUAUAAUUAACCAAAACAUGUCAGAACCAGAUCACUCAAAUAUACCAUGUCUGCAUAAGAGAGAAACAAAAUAACAAUGUAAUACCGGAUUUGGCAACGAAAGUUCUUUCUACAUGUAGAACGGUUACAGUUACAUGCAAUUAUAUAGUACAAGAUACACAUGUGUCAUUCAAUGUACUUGUUAUUUCUUACAUACUAGUAUAUUAUUGUUUUCAUAAUAUCGAUAGUAUAUCGUCAAUAGUAAUAUAUAUCACUUCAGUUUUAUAAUAUGUAUUAUUUAUUAUGUACGUAUGUUAAAACUAAACAUGAUAAACGAUGUUGUUUCUUUUAAAACUCGAGUUAGCUGGAGUUGUUAUAAAAAGACAGACACUUAAUAUUAACGUUUUAAAAAAUAAUCACAGAUCAAUCACGAAAUCAUUAAACAUGGAAAACGAAGCUGAAAACUAGCACAGCAAUUUGGCUAGAACAAUGUAAACAAAGCAAAUUUAAAUGAUGUGCCUCAUCAUUUUACUCAAUGACAUAAUAAAAGAUGCUGAUACGUAGAUCAGCUUCUUACUUCUCAUAAAACAUGCAAUAGUGCUUCAAUACUUUCCUAUCCCGCAUUUCUGUUGCGUCAAUAUAGAUCAAGCUAAGUCGGAAUGACUUUCCACAUCUUUUACACACAUGACAUUUGUCUGGAUGAUGUUUUUGCUGUACAUCAACAUGAUGCAUUUUCCUGACAGCAUACAUCACACUUGUAGCGUUCUCUUCCAGCAUGUUAUUGCCUAUGACCAUUUACAAAAUGCAAAAUUGCACGAAAAAGAAUGGUUUUAAAUCGUGGUUUUGCAGAAUUCAGUGCACUCGGUGAGCCUAGUAAGAACGUGUAUUGUUUUCACGAGAUAUUUUAAAACAAGCAUAAUUUUCACUUAAAACAAGCGUCAUCGUAAACAAGCAAUCGCUCUUCAUUCAGUGCACAAGGUCGUUUCUAAAAGAUUUCUUUGAAACAUACUCACCGGAUUGAGGACGUCUUUCACCCCAAACAAUGAACCAGGAAACCCGGACGCACCUGACAUUACUGCCCGUGCACUGUAACAUAAUAAAAACGGACAGUGUAUGCUUCAAUAAAUCAAAGUGUUACAUUUUGUUUUAAAAUACGCACAUAAUCUCCAUUUGAGGAAACGUUGACCACUAUGGGUACCAUAUAUGAAUUAUCUUAAUACAAUUAUUUACAAGGAUAAUAUAGGAACAUAAGCUACAAAUGGUCAAUAUGGUCUGCAUAUGUUAACGCAGAGAAUAAAAGACCAGUACGUACAAACAUGGCAUGAUGCUUUAUCAAAUCAAACAAAACAUAUUUAUCAGUAGUGUUUGUUUAAAACUUACCUUGAAUUUGAUAAUUAUCUCACUGACAUUAAAGGCCUAGUUUAAGCCUUCUAUAAGUGCCCCCCCCCCCAAUCUGUGUACAGUACACAACCUCUGUGUAUUGAUCUUUAUCUAGUGCCUUGUGCCCUCUUAUCAUUCUCGUUCACCAGAGUGAUGAUCACGAUCGAACCUCUGAUGAAUGAGAAUGCCUCUUAUCAGAUCUCCGAUCUGAGUAUCCUCCUGUGAAGUUUUGGAGGUUUUAUUAUAGAAAUGGACCCUAAAUGGCCCUGAGCCAAUAAACAAACACACAGGAAAUUGGCCCCUACUGUGACAACUGUGCAAUUAGCAGGAGAUGCAGAGCAGGGGAUAAUCAUGCCAAACAUUCCUUAAACUAGGCAUAAGUGAGUCAGUGAGUGAUAAGCAUAGAAAGGAAUUGACUAAAUUUAGUCUCAUCUCAUUGUUUAGAGAUAGAAACGGGUAGAUACACCAACACCAUUAGAGAAAACAGAACCUGCAAGUUAUGCGCAUAGAAUACGGUAGAAGCUGAAUAUCAUUUUAUGUUAUGCUGUAAGCCUAUAAAUAACAACUUAGAAAUCAAUUUUGUAUACGAGCCACCGAGCCGACAAUGUCAAAAUUUGAAUACCUCACUUAUGUCCGUUGAAAAUGAGAACAUUUGUAUACCAUGCUAUAAAACACAGAUAAGAGGUGUUAAUUGUUUUAGUUGCUUCGUUAAGAAAUUAGUUGUUCAGUGGUCUUCUAUUAAUUAGCUUCUAUUGUGUAUGUAUUUUGUAUAACUUCAUUCAGUAUACUGACAAAUAAAUGUUAGGAUUAUCUUAAAGAUAUAAUCUUGUGUGUGUGCGUGCGUGCGUGUGUGUGUGUGUGUGCGCGCGUGUGUGUGCGUGUGUGUGUGUGUGUGCGCGUGUGUGCGCGCUUGUGUGUGUGUGUGUGUGUGUGUGUGUGUGUGUGUGUGUGUGUUGUGUGUGUGUGGAUUCGCGUGUGCGUGUGGUGUAUGUGCGCGUGUUUUUGUGUGUAUUAUGUCUAUAGUAUCACUUUUAUACUUCCUAUAAUAAUGUGUGUAUGUUUUGUCAUUGCCAUAAAUGUGUAUAUCUUGUAUAUGGGCAUAGGCAGUAACAUGUAUUUCGAUCGCCAAUAAACUUUUAAACUUGAAUUCCUUUCAAUCCAAUAUACAUGGUGGCUACGAACAAUACAAAACUCUCUCAAAACGUUGUAAUGGUAUUAAGUAAAUACGACAAUUUUAAUCUCUUUUAAGCAGUCUUAGAUUGCAGGUUUUCUGUGAAGGAGUUAAGAAUAUUUUCAAAAUGUCGGCCUACCCUCCAGGAGGCUUCGACCCCAACCAGGCUCCCCAACGAUGGCAGCCUGGGAUGGGCGGCCCAGCGCCUCAGAACCCCAACAUGCCCCAGAAUGAUAUGGAAGGGACGCAGCCGCCCCAGGGCUCCUAUGGGGACCCAGCCUAUCCGCCUAUACAAGGCUACGAAGGCGUCAAGUUCGGAUCCAUGAUGCCGAUGCCUCCCCCGCCCAUGCCCCAACAACCCCAGGGAGACCCGCCACCGCAGACGUUCACAGAUAUGGCGAACCUAACGGAGGAGGACUGUCGUCAGGCAAUGAUCCAGUUCGUGAGCGAGAACUGUUGCUAUGGCAGCAAACCAGCCAAGGAAAUGAAGAUAACCAAGUUCACCGGCAUCACCGCCAUGCAUUACGUGUUGGAGACGUUUGCCGAGGGUCGCUCCACAGGCAGCGCGAAUGAGCCGUACAGGGGAGGGCCGAUAGACGGACCUCAGAACGGAAUGGCGCCGCCGCCGUGGUCCAUCCCCUGCCAGCCCCACCAGACUUUCCACGACCACGACAUCAAGAUAGAGGUUCCCCACACCUCUGUCGUCAGUCCCUGCCAGGCGUGUGAUGCCCGGGGCUGGAACUAUUGUUGGCGGUGCAGCGGGCGUGGUCGGAACCGCUGUAACUCGUGCGGGGGAGACGGCAAGCGAAUGGAGUAUGACGCCCACCGCCAACAGCACGUCAGGCGCACCUGUCACCACUGCCAUGGUGACGGAAGAGUUCGUUGUCACACGUGCGGCGGAGACGGGCGGAUCACGUGCGACACAUGUGACGGCUUCCGGAUGCUGCGAUGCUUCAUCCUCCUCACCGUGAGAUACACGAACCAUAAGGAUGAUUACAUACUGGAGACAUCCGACAUGCCCGACGAGCUCGUUCGCACCGUCGGCGGCACCGUUCUAUUCGAGGAUACACAGCCAAUGGUGUGGCCGAUCCAGUCGUACCCUGUGCCGGAAGUCAACCAGAACUCCCAGCGGCUUGUCAGCUCCCACCGCUCAAACUGGCCCUCUGAGAAGAAGCUCAGCCAGAGGCAGACGUUGCGCGGUGUGCCGGUGACGGAAGUGGCGUACACGUGGGACGACCAGCAUCUUCGCUACUGGGUGUACGGCCGAGAGCGGCGUGUGCACUCCCCCGACUACCCACAGCAGUGUUGCUGCGGUUGCUCAAUCCUCUAGGACCGAUCGUCAAAAUCUUUGAAUUAUCAAUAUACCAUCAUUCAAUUGGAGUUCUCAUUCUUGUUGUGUCGGAAUGAAACCAAUGAUCGAACUUGAAUAUUCAAAUUACCUUACAAACUCUAUUUCUUAAAAAAAAAACAAGCUGAAAACAUUGCAUUGAGGUUUUAUUUAAAAGAAAAAUAUGUAAUCUGCCUAGAUGUAUCAUCUGUAUUUUACAUUGUAAAACAAUGGUAUUUCGAGGA